UGGCUGUUUUCUCUGUGUUAGCGCUAGAUAAGCACAUGCUAACAUGCUACUGCUCAUGCUGUGAGCUGCCUGUGCAUGUCUGCAUUGAGUCCAGAGGCCUGUGUAGGUUUGGCACGCCCACUGACGGUGUCGACAUCGUCUGCAAAAGUGUGUGAGUUGGUGGCCAGAUCCAGUUUAAGACCCUGGUCGACAUGGAAAAGAAAGUCGUCUGUACGAGCAGAGUGAAACCAUCAAGUAUUAUUGGAGACACUUGAUAUUCCUCCUGUUGUCUGUGCUUUGAUUUUAUAUGGUCCUGAUGUUUUUAUACAGUAUAUAUUUUUCUAAUUGAAAUUCAUACAUGCAGAUUAUCUGCUUCCAAAAUUAUUAAUCACUAUUCAUAGCAUAGAAAAUGUAUAAAUUAAAAUAAUCUAAAUAGAAAUAAUAAUGUUUGCGGAAAGUAAUAAUAAUAAUAAUAAUAAUAAUACAAAAAAUUGUGCAAUCACACAGGGAUCAGCAGCACAAAGCACAACACCCUAUAGUUAUUCAUUACAGCUCAGCUGGAAAGAAGAGGAAGGACUUGUGAGUGUACAUGGAUUAAGUUCACUGAACAAAGUAACAUAGUACAUGCAGCAUGUCAAGUAGGUCCAACCACAUGCUGCCCUCAAAGGAUGAGUGGUAGAUGGAUGAAUGGAUGGAUGGUCCAUUCAAAUUGUGAUUCAAAUACAGUAGUUUGAGCUCAAAUUAGGCUACAAAUAACAUCCACUGGCAUGAAAAAAGUGAAUGAAAAUAUAAAGUUUAGCUGUUGGUUUACCAGGAGUUUCAUUUUGUUUGAUAUGGUCAAAUGAUGAGGGAGCAACAUACUUUACACUACUGACAUUUGAUUUAUUCAGGUUUAGAAGUCCCGCCUUGAUUUUCUCUCUUACUUUUCCUGUUAUGUGUGUUUGGUGGUGCUCUGCCCCAAGCCUUCUCUCUGCUCCCACCCUGAACAAGAGCCCAUGGACUCCACGGUGAUGGACUCUGCCGAGCACGGCUCAGUCCUGCUCAGGCAGCUGGAGAGGAUGAGAACCGCUGAGGAGCUCACGGACGUGGUGCUGCUGGCCGAGGGGAUUCCCUUUCCUUGCCACAAGGUUGUGCUGUCUGCAUUCAGCCCUUACUUCCAGGCUAUGUUCACAUGUGGUCUGAAAGAGACCCGGGGAGGAGAGGUAGCACUCAGAGACACUCCCACUCACAGCCUGGAUCUGCUACUGGGCUACAUGUACCGAGCUGAACUCCCCCUCUCCAAUGACAACAUCCAGGCAGUGGCUGCUGCUGCCUUCCUGCUCCAUGUGGACGGAGCCUUCAGGUUGUGUCAGAGCCACAUGGAGACCAGUAUGGACCCCUCCAACUGUGUUGGUCUAUACCACUGGGCCAGAGACCUGGGGGCCACUGGUUUGGCUGACUGCGCCUUAAGAUACCUCUGCCAGCACUUUGCACAGGUUUGUGAAGAAGACGAAGUGCUGGACCUGGACGCCCAAAGUCUUGGGGAUCUCCUGCGUUCAGAUGACCUCAACAUAUCACAGGAGGAGAUGGUGCUGGAGCUAGUGCUGCGUUGGGUGGAGAGGCGAAGAGGGGACUCGCAGAGCGAAGCCCAGGCUGCGGAGUUGCUCAGGCUCGUCCGUCUGGGACUUGUGGACCCUGGAUUCCUCCGCAAAGCCAGGAGGAGAAACCCAGUGAGAAGGGAUAUUCGGAGGGAAAGGCCAAGUGAUAAAAUUGUAUUGCUGCGGGAUGCUGAGUGCUUUGGGAUGAUUGAUGCUGCUCUCCAGACCUCAGAUCACUGUGAGACAUCAGUUCCACCUCGUCCGGCUCUUCGUUACGGCAUGGAGGCCACUGACCUGCUGCUCUGUUUGGGUGGGGUUAAUAAGGACGGAGUGCCUGCCCGACGCGGAGGACUUGCUGACCUCAGUCUGUGCUUUGCCCCCCAUGCUAGAAAAACUUGCUACAUCCCCUCUCCACUGAGGGCCUGUGGAGGUGCAGGACAGAUCACAGCGGGGGCAGUGACACGGGACAAUAACAUAGUGGUGGCCAUAGAAACAUUUGACCAACACAGGAGGAAGAAGUUGGAUAUCUACAGGUACGAUAAUUCCGAGGAGAGCAGCUGGGCGGAGUUGUGCUCAGUAGCACACAGGGACAUGUACGCUUUGGGGCUCAUAGGCGAGGCACUUUACAUGAUAGGUGGUCAGAUGAAAAUGCACAAUCACUACAUCAUCACAGACAGCGUGGAGAGGUGGUCGCUGAAGAGAGGAGGCAGCUGGCUCAGCUUCGCCCCUCUGCCUCUACCGUUGGCCUGCCACUGCGCCGUGAGCCUGAAGGAGCACCUCUAUGUGCUCGGGGGCUGGGCACCACAGGAUCAGCCGGACGACGACCCUGACAAGUUGAGUAACCGCGUGUUUCAGUUUGACCCGAGCAAGGACAGGUGGACCGAGUGUUCCAGGAUGAAGUACUCCAGGUACCGCUGCGGCACAGCUGUCCUCAAUGGAGAAAUCUACGUAAUAGGUGGUAUAGGAUGCGAUGGAGAAGACCGCGGACAAUCACGCUGCUGUCUGAGCUCCGUGGAGAUCUAUAACCCAGAUACAGACACUUGGAGGGCAGGACCAACCCUGCCCACUACCCUGCUCUCCCUCCGAACCAACGCCACCAAUAUAGGAGUAGUGGAGGGAAAGCUCUACCUCUGUGGAUACUACAAGGGGGCAGGCCGUCAUGAGAUCAUCACCAAGGAGAUUUUGGAACUGGAUCCUGCGGACAAUGUGUGGACGGUGGUGGAAAGACGAGCAGCCAUGCACGACAGCUAUGACGUCUGUCUGGUGGCUAACCUCAAUCCUCGAAACCUCUUCACGCCCUAAUGCAUGACCUUCCUGAUUCUGAGGAACAAUGUUUGAGGCCAGGACAUGUGAGAAAUAGACUUCUGCCUUCUAAAUCUCACACAGUGUUAUACAAACUCAGCUUCACUCUGGGAUUUCACAUUUCAACAACAAGAUUGAUAAACAUGAAAUCUGGGUUUAGUGUUGUUGCUUUGAUCAACAAAGGAAGACAUUCUAUAACUUCGCUUAUUUUUUAAACUUUAGUGUAAAUGUCCAUAAGGAGUAUUUCCCUUCCCAAGCUAUAAAUCUAUUUUCAAGUGAAAUAGGCUUAUUUUUGUAGAGAAUUAGAUAAGAAGAAUGACACUGCGCUCAUGUCUGUCCAUUCAUUUUGAUGCUACACCCAGGAGAUCAUAGGUUAGAUGCAACAAGUCUGGCUCCGUCCACAGGUUUGCAAAGGACCUUUAUUGUUCACUUAUUCAGACAUUAUGUCUCAGGGCAUCAACAUGACAAAAAUACAUCAGAUGAGUCAAUGUUCCCACAACAAUCCACACAUAAUCCCACAAACUGAAGAGUUUACAUGGCUUUUAACAGUCGACUUUGUUACCUUUAAAUAUAACCAGGCCAACCCUUUCUAGCUGUUUCCUGUUAUGCUAAGCUAAGGUAACCAGCUCUAAAAAUGGUCUUGCCUGUUUUUACUUAACCUGAGGACCCCUGUAGGUUUUGCUACAUAGAAACAGAUGGAUUAGGGGAGGGGGGAUUCAGUCGGUUGCAAUCUGCAACCUCACCAAUAGAUGUCUCUUAAACAUACACACUGUCCCUUUAAACAAAUGAUGUACUUUUUCUGGUCUUUUUGGUGGUCCUCCAGGUAGCUGGAAAGCUUUAUUAAAUGGUUACUAAUGUUUUCAUUAAUGUUAAUGGUUGUAUGAUGCUUAAAAUAUGAGUGAUAACUU